AGUUACACUUUUGUUUAUUUCCGGGUCAAGUUAUAGUAUGUAGAAAACAGACCUAAUUUUACAAAACUAUAUUGUUAGAAAUGAAUUCUACAGCCCUUUUAUUUUUUAUUUUAUCUCAAUUUUUUAAAUUAUCAUAUGGAAAUAUUCGAUUCGUAUGCCCCAAGCCAUUUAACCCGACAUCAAAUCAUGAAACUGUAUCUUACAUGGCUGAAGGUGCAUGUGACAAGGCAGAUGAAUCUAGCUAUGAGGAUGUACUAACGAUUUCUCCAGGACCUUUUACCAUCAGAUUUGAAGAAACAAAGUUACAGCUUGGCUCGCCAUUUCGAAUAAUUUUAAUGGAGAACACAAAAGAACCUUCACCCCAGAAUGGAACAAACUCUACGAGUGGGAUAUUGGAGAAAGAAAAAAAAAAUUGCUUGUUACUUGAUCACAUUCCUCACAACAACCAUGCAUUUAUAACAAAGGAAUGUUCUGAGAAAGGAAACCAAUAUCCAUUGGGCAUAUGUACUGGAAGCACAUACUACAUAACUUUGAGAAUUCCGGAUAUCAAUUGUGAAGACUGUACACUUCAAUUGCAACAAAUUAUUCCCAGUAAAGCAGGCAAUCAGCUGUGUGAUAUGAGCCAAUCAAAUGAGACAGGAAAUGCUACAGAUUGUAUUGUGUACUCCAGCUGUGCCAGGAUCAGGAUAAGUCCAACGUUAGAUGGCGCCACUAGAACAAUGGAUUACUGUGCUGACUACAUAAAGAAUUUACCUGGAGACUGGCAGUACAGGCCAGAAUAUUUGUUCAAGACUGACCAAGGCGCCACAUUAUCAUUUGAUAUCAAGAUGAAAAACUUACACAUCGACAUACCCAGUCAAACAAAGUUAGGUUUGAUAGAGAAAGUUGAAAUCAGACAAAACUUGACAGUCUUAUGGAAUGAUACUGUUAGAGAAAUACUAGCAAAGAAAGCUCCUGUUUCACUGGUUUGGAGCAAUUUAAGUGAUGAUGCCAUCAGAGAAUUAUUAAGAGAGAACCUUGUUUUAAAUAUUAUUGACUCUGAAAGAUCUGAAGCUGGAGAUAUAAUUUACAAUGGCCAGCAAUUCACUGAAGGUCAACUUGGUCUGCUGUUUGACUCGUACAGUGAAAGUGGCUGGCUUGUAAGUGAACGGUUCAUGGGACCACUGGUUGAGGAUCCUAUGGCCGCAGUGCCAGCAGGCCCAUGUGCACCUGCUGUCAAAUAUUUCAUGGCCUCAUUGGAGUCAGUUCAUGUAACAGCUCAUGGGAUUAUUGGAAUGAUUCUGAUAGAGAACAGAGCCUACAUUACAGCUGUUCUGCAUGUAGAGAGGGAGAAAGUUGAGACUGUCAGUCUAGUUGGCCCCAGCCUUGUUGGUAUUCCUUCCAUUGACAUUAAUGUUUCUUCAUCAUUCUCUGGAGUUCUAAUGACAGCCUUAGACUUAACUAAACAGAUUCCAUAUUUAAACACAGUGAAAUUUCUCAGGACAGUUAAAGUGAAGACUGACAAAGAGAAAAAUGUUUUAGAAGGCGAUUUUGAGGAAGGAAUGUUUGCAGUACUGCGAGAUGAACAUGGACAUGUUCGUGGCAUGGGGAGUUUCCAGUUUACUCAGGGACAGUGGCUUCAAGUAGACAUUGUGUUAAAUGACAUUACACCUACUAUACUGUCAGUCCUGUUGCUUGGGCCUGAUGACACAGUCCUCGCUGACCUAAGCAGAGAGACAAUCCACUGCACAGAAUCUUUCUGUUGUGUUCAACAUUUAAUACAAGAACUAAGCAGCCAAUUAAUCCUUCAUUUAAUGCGAGGCCAAGUCAUGGUUUAUGUAGCUACUGUUGGAAGAAACGUGACUGGAAAAAUACUUGGUUCUCCGUCUGGCUACUGCAAUAUGGUGGAUGGCGCAUGUCAGGAUUCUUUCUACCAGUUUUCCCUGAGUGGUAUGGGCAUAGAGGAUAUGAAGAGUUCUAAUGGAGAGAUGGAAGGGAUAUGGCAGGAGACUGCAGCUUAUGUUUUAGACAGGGCUAAUGUCUUUCACUAUUGUGUUCAAGUUGACAAUGCCAACUGGAGAGGACAGAACUACAGUCUUAAUCUGGUGAAGAAUGAAGUCAAGAUUGAGGAGAUGAUGUUUACACAACUGAAUCAACUAAGUCACUCUUAUCUGGCUUGUAACAACAUUCCCCUGGAUGAAAAUGCUUCAGUCCUAUCAACAAUGGCUGUAAGUACACAAAGGGAGAUGAAUCUGAUCCUGUAUGAUGGACAUAAGAAAUUUCUUAAGCAGCAGUUACCAUCCGUCUUCAGAGGAAAGUGUAUAGUUGACAAGAUUCAUGUGGUAGGAAACGGACACAGCUACUGGUCUGAAGAAUCUGUUCCCAUACCUGACAUCUUUGCAGUUGUUUCAGACAGCCUGAAGUUUAUCACAGAGAAAAACACAUCUGUCUACUUAAUGGCCAAUGAGAAAGCCUAUCAGGAGUGUCAGUUUACUUCAGCAAUCCAACUUUCUGUGGAAACAGUGGUAGAUAAACAGGUUUUCAUUCAUUCACUCAAUCAUCCUGGAAAACUGUAUUUUGCAGAACAGAUUUCUUGUAACACAUCUAAGCCCCUGAAAGUCAAAGUACAUGUUAUUGAUGGAAUAAAAACAGUUCAAGAUGGUCACCAUAAUGAAUGGUGUCACAAAAGCAUGUACAGUGUAUGGAGAGAUGAACAACUUAAAACCUGGAAUCAGCCCGAAGUAUCAGGCCCCAUACUGAUUGGCCUCUUAAUUGGGUUAGCCUCAGGCGGGGUUUUCCUGGCCUGGCAAGGAGCUCGAAUGAAAAGGUUCUCAGAGACAUUCCGUGGUCACAAUGAUAAUGUUUUUGUCAGGUUCUGAAACACAUGCCUAUAUAAAUAUUUAUACAUAUUUAUUUAUGAUGAAUUUAUUGAAUUGGUUGCUAGGAAAGUACAAUUUGUUAGCUUAAAGUGUUUUAUUUUUAAUGGUCAUCUGGUGAAUACCAUCAUUCCAUAGAAGAGCUGUCUAGUGUAGUGUUAAAGUAUCAAAAUGUAGAAUGUUCCAUCAAGUUCUAGUUUGUACUGCUAAUAGAGAAACUAGAAAGCCAUUUACAUAUUUGAACAAUAAAAUGUUUUUGUUAUUCAUAAAAGAAAAAAGCUUGUUUCAAAUUCUAAAACUAUUAUCUGAAAAGACCAAUGUUAUUUGCCUGUCAGUAUUCUUAUACACCAUUAAUAUUAAGUGUUACCUUACUUAUACACUGACGUUCAUCUAUUCAUUUCACUUGAGAAUUAUGAUCUUUAAUGUAACUAUGUACUGUUUUAUACAAUGCCAGUCAAUAUACAUCCUUUUUAUUUAUAAUAAUAGUAUGUCUUGCAUCCAGUGCUAGUCUUACAACUGUCAAUUGAUUUUACAGAUGAAGAUAUUAUGUUGUUUUUCUCAAUAUUAUAUAUUGUUAGCAGUUUUUCCUCAAUUUUUUUUUUUUUAUACAUGUAGGUGUUUUUAAUUGGUGCUUUUGUAUUUUGUUGUUAUUUUUUUGUUUCCAUUUUUUUUUUAUUGCUAAACAUUUAUGAACAGAUUUUUAUGUGAUUCAAAAGAAAAGUAACUAAGUGGCUGGUAGGAUUUUGUGAAGGGUUCAAAAUCUUGAAGAUGUCAAAAAAAGAAAGUGAAACCAUAUGUUUUUCUAUUCUUUUUCUCCCAAAUGUUUUAUCUUAAAAGUUUGUUCCAAAUAAAGUUAUUGCUAUAUUAUAUUGUCCAUUGCCCAAUUUCAUGUUCAAACGGAAAUAGCUGAAUAGAAGAAAAAAUAUUUGAAGUCACUUUUGGAGUGACCACUUUACUGCAUCCUCAGCAUCAUCCUAAAGAAAGCUUGAAUUCAUCUUUUAGUAUUAACAUUUAGAAACCACACAAAACAUAAGUGGUUGUUAAAAGAACUAAAAAAAAUGCUUUUUUGAGUCUUGGUCAAACUUUUAAGAAUAUGGGAAUAUCAUCAGGGUUAUACAAAAUCAAUUUUUUUCUAGGGUUUUGCAAAAGUGAAAUGCUAAAGCUCUUAUCACCUACCAGUAAUCUCAAAGUUGGUGGUUGUUUUUUUUUUUUUUUUUUUUUCAGAAAUCUCAAAAACAAUUUUUUUUUUUUGUAUUUUAUAUGUACUCUAUUGCCAUAUGUUGCGCUAGGUCACUAUGUCUUCUACACAUUUUUUAAAACUAUUUAGAGGUAUUGUGUAUAUAUAGUAUUUUGUCAAGAAGAUCACAAUGGUUGUGUUAUGAAUCUCUGUAUUCUUCUGUUGAAUUGUUGGUUGAAUGAAUAGUUGAGUAAGCAGCUUGUUCUGGUCACAUAUUGAAUCAAAACCUUUUGACUCUGUUCAGAGGAUUUAAAUUCUGUACAGAGACAGGGGAGAGCAUUGAACAACUUAAUUCUCUAAUUUAUAAAUAAAUGUUUUACUCUUUUUAAAGUUACUAGUAUCACAACCUUUUUGUGUGUGUGUGUGUUUGUGCUCUGUAAGUCUUUAUGUUAAUUGUAUUGAAGAUACCAGGCAAUCCUAAUUUAUCAACACAUUUUGGCACAAUAUCAGAUAUGUUUCUUUGUACAAAUUUCAAAGAAAUUGUAGUGACCAGCAAGUCAACUACACAUGCAUGUGCAAUAUCAAAUUAUAUUGAAACAAAUGAAUGUCUUCUCUUUUCUGUGAUGAAUUGCGAAAGAUUUGUUUCUAUUGUAACCUAUAGUGAAGACAUUUAGUUUUUAAACUGGUAUUGAAGAAAGUGCAUUGCUUAUACAGUAUUGUAUUUUAAUUUAAUUAACAUAUUUUUACUAUUUUAAGAUUUUGUUAACAUUUUUUUUUCAGCUUAGAUUUAGUUUGUACAUUCCAUUUUUUAACAAAAAAAUCUGUCUCAGUUGUUUAUCUGCCUAUUUUCUAUUUAUUUGCCUACCAUUUUCUGUUGGUCAUUGUGUAAUACUAUUCAGUAAGUACUUGUUAUAGUUUUACAACAUUUUGUGCAAUCUAGAUGUUACUGGACACCUCUCAAUAUUGUUUUGUAACAUUGCUUGGAAAUAAAACUGUUUAUAUGUUGGAA